AUGUUGCAAGCAGCACUGCGCGUUGUGUCGAAGCCGUUGCGCACGGCCGUGACCGCACAGGUACAGGUGCGAUGCUGCUCCUCUGCCACCUCGGCCGCCAUGCUCAAGGCCGCCAUGACCACAGCCGCCCGUCCCGCAGCACCAGCCCUCCAGCAGUCGGCAGCGCUCGCAUCGACAGCAGCUCAGCAGCGUGGAAUGAAGGUGCGCUCGUCCGUCAAGAAGUUCUGCGACGGCUGCUCCGUCGUCCGCCGCAAAGGCAGGCUCUACGUCAUCUGCUCCAAGGACCCCAAGCACAAGCAGCGCCAGGGAUAG